AUGCCUCCCAAGAAGCAAGUCGUCGAGGAGAAGAUCCUCCUGGGCAGGCCCGGUAACAACCUGAAGAGUGGAAUUGUUGGCCUUGCAAACGUUGGAAAGUCCACCCUCUUCCAGGCCAUUACCAAGUGCAACCUGGGAAACCCGGCCAACUUCCCCUACGCCACCAUCGACCCUGAGGAGGCACGUGUCAUCGUCCCCGAUGAGCGCUAUGAUUGGCUUUGCGAAAAGUACAAUCCCAAGUCGCGCGUGCCUGCCAACCUUACGGUGUACGAUAUCGCUGGUCUGACGAGAGGUGCCUCCACUGGCGCUGGUCUUGGUAACGCCUUCUUGUCGCACAUUCGCGCCGUCGAUGCCAUCUUCCAGGUCGUUCGUUGCUUCGACGAUGCCGAGAUUAUCCACGUCGAGGGUGACGUCAACCCUACCCGUGAUCUCGACAUCAUCAGCGACGAGCUGCGGUUGAAGGAUAUCGAGUUCACCGAAAAGGCCCUCGAGAACCAGAAGAAGAAGACUCGCUCUGGUGGCAAGGGCCUCGAGCACAAGAAGGCUAUAGAGGAGCAGGCUACCAUUGAGAAGAUCCUUCAGCACUUGAAGGACGGCAAUGAAGUCCGCAAGGGUACCUGGGGCCCCAAGGAGAUCGAGGUCAUCAACCCCUUGUUCCUCCUUACCGCCAAGCCCGUCGUCUACUUGGUCAACCUCUCAGAGAAGGACUUCAUUCGCAAGAAGAACAAGUACCUUCCCAAGGUUGCCGAGUGGGUUAAGGAGCACGCCCAAGGCGACCCCAUCAUCCCCAUCUCCGUCUCUUUCGAGGAGCGUCUGACCCGCUACGAGACUGAGGCCGAGUCCAAGGAGGAGCAGAAGAACGUUGGCGCCGAGUCCGCUCUGCCCAAGAUCGUUCUUCAGAUGCGCAAGGUCCUCAACCUUGGCAGCUUCUUCACCACCGGCACGGACGAAGUCCGCCAGUGGACUCUCCGCAACGGCACCAAGGCGCCCCAGGCUGCUGGUGUCAUUCAUACCGACUUUGAAAAGACCUUUAUUCAAGUCCUCGUCUACAACUUCACCACGCUGAAGGAGCUCGGCACUGAAGCCGAGGUCAAGGCUAAGGGCAAGGUGAUGACGAAGGGCAAGGACUACGUUGUGGAAGAUGGAGACAUCUUGCUCAUCAAGGCCGGUGCUGCCAAGGGCUGCCAGAUGGGGGUUCCCCCGACCCAGCUUCUGAGCGACCGCAGCACAGACCAGUUGGCUUCGAUACCUGCUGAGCUUCAUUCAAGUUCAAAGUGCUGCUAUCCCUUCAACCUUCAAUACGAUGUCUCAACCUCCAAUAAAUCGUGGGCAUGGACGAAACAUAUCAGUGACGAGGCGGAGUGUCACCGAAUCUUCACUAAUACGUUUCGUACAGCGGUUCGUCCACGGUCCUCGACUAAGGGUCCGCUCGACCUGGACGACACUCCUCUGAAUGACCCGUUGUCACCAAAAGCCGCCGCCACAGAAGACACGACGCAGCAACGCCCAAUAUCAGGACAACGCUCUCCAGCGCUGCCUCACUCUCCCGCCGCUCCGCCCGUGAAGACAACCGUCACCAAGGACUUUGGCUUCCUCCUGCGGCCCGAGAUCUACCACACCAUCCAACCCGUCAACGUCCCGGUCGCAUUCAGGAACUCGUCCAAGCAGCCGCCGGCCGAUGCUCCGCUCGAAGACCUGCUGGCAAAGGGCCACUUCCGCGCCGCCGCCAUUGCCGCGGUCCAGGAGCUGACGGCCACGGGCAGCCCAGGCCGGCCGCGGGUCGCACCGUCGGACCACCAGAGGAUCUUUAGCCUGCUGUACACGCGGCUGGCGUGCCUGACGCUCAUCGACGCGACGGCGGUGGCGGCGCAGGAGGUGAGGGCGCUGGAAGAUUUGAAUGCAGGCGUCUACAUUGACGAGACCACGGGCGAGCACUUGGUGCCCUGGGAGCUGCGCGUGCUUAACGUACGGCUACAGGCUCUCGGGUUCAGCGACCCGCGCAGGUCCGUCAUGAGCUACCACGACCUGGCGCGGGAGGCGCGCGAGCAGAUCAGCAAGGCGACGGCACGGCACGAUAACUCAGCGAGGGAGCUCUGGAAGGCGCGGCUGCAGGAUCUGGGCGUUGCUGUCGCGGGCGCGCUGGUGGAGAUGGAUGACCCCGCCGGCGCGGCGCAUCACUUGGCUACGCUCAAGGACCGCGGGAACGGAAAGAUGGCGCUAUCGAGGGCCCUGUUGUGGCUUCACUUGGGGGAUGCGGACGCGGCGAGGCGCUGCGUUGUGCCAGGGGAGGGCUCUGGGGAGGACGGGAAGCAUGCUGAGACGGUUGUGGGCGCGCUUUGUCAGAUGGCUGAUGGGGAGUAUGAGGCGGCGCUUGCGACCUGGAGAGGGCUGAGGGAGGAAGUUGCGGAUGAGAUGAUUGGUGUCAACAUGGCGGUGUGUCUUCUUUACACUGGCAAGUUGACAGAGGCACGAGCCAUUUUUGAGGACAUGGUCGGAUCCGGCUACUCAUCGCACACUCUCUUGUUUAACCUCAGCACAACCUACGAACUCUGCACGGAGCGGAAUCGGAACCUGAAGGUGAGGCUCGUUGAUAAGGUGGCCGAUCUGGAGGAGACCCCAAGAGGUUGGGAGAAGAACAAUGCCGACUUUAAGUUCCUCAUGUCCGUGUGGUCCCCGAAAACGGACUUGCCCAAUUGGAGCCAUCCUAGCAGAUUACACCCCUGUCGGUUCAAUGAACCAAGUCUCCGCACUGGCAUGCACAGUCGGGGACCGGACUUGCUUACAACGCUUACCAAGAUGCUUACCUACGAGACUUGCAUGCUUUUGCAGACUGACAAACCGUACAGUCAACACCAGACGAAGAUGGACUUCCCGCGGUUUCCGGCGCCUGGCGGUGACGUUUUUGAUGUUGGGACUUGUAAUGUUCUUAUUAGAGACGUCGCCGGUGGAAGUUCUCACGAGCCACGCAUAUCCUACUUUGUUAAUCAACUAGACCCGUUUUCAAUUUCACAGUUCAUUUCAAACAACAUGGAAUCCAGAACCUUUCAGGAGCGAACUCUUCACCUGCUAGAGAGAAUCGCAGAAUCUCAGACGGCAUUAGAAGCGCGCCUAGUCACAAUGGAGACGAUGCUCUCCCACCACAACACGCAGCCGCCGCAACACCUAUCUUUUCCACAAUUCCGCCAGCUGCCCCCCGAACUACGACUCCGAGUCUGGUCCCUCGUCGCCAUUCCCUCACGGGUUCUGCGUCUAGACGCACGGGAUGGGAAGAAGACGAAGUCACACAAGUCAGGAUCUCCGCCGCCGCUGUUACGACCGCCCGCCAUCGCCGGAGCGUGUCGUGAGUCGCGGGCCGUGGCGACGAAACAUGGCGCGCUGGCGAGGCUCACGUACGAGGGGGGCGAGGUGGGCAAAGGGGGGAGGACGCGGUGUUACUGGUUUGAUGGGGAUCGCGAUGUGCUGGAGUUGGAUAGCUGGGUUGACGUCGAGGGGGACCAGCCGCGGGGCAUUAGAGGACUUGUACAGAGGGCGAGGCAUGUUCUCGUGGGUCGUGCUGAGGCGGAGUGGUAUGCCCGCCUGUUCGAGCGCGCGGCGCUGGUGAAGCGCGUGAGUUUGAAGUUUGAUGUGUUGGGUGUGCGGUGUAGCACGCAUGGUCGUGAUGCCGUGAGACGUAUGUUUGGCGGAGGCGGGGCUGAGACUACGAUCGUUGUUACGGACUUGGAGGACGCGGAUGAGAUUGCGCGAGUGAAGAGCGUGCUGGGCUCUGGAUGGCGGAACCCGGUGUUUUUGGAGUUUGAUCUGGAGCUUUGGGCGAGGAGCGGGACGGAGAGGGUUGGACGGGCUGUGAGGGAUGAGAAGUGGAUGAGGAGGUUGAAUGGGACGUGGGCGAGCGAGGUUGCGAGGGGGUGGGUUAUGGCUCGGGCUGGGGCGUCUAUACUAGCCAAUGACGGCGGUAGAGGGGAUGGGGGUGAUCAAGAGGAAGAUGGAGUGAGAGUUACGAGUGACAAGGGAGCCUCAGAGAUGAAGUUACGGAUUGCGAAGGCGACGGCGUUAGAUGUCGAGGAUGAGUAUGUAAGGCAGGCGCUUUUGGGUAUGCCCGAGGUCAGCAAAGCGGCCUUUGUCAUCUUUGGCUUUCAACUACCGCCCUUCAGCGAGACCUUGCGGCUAUGA